GAAGAGAGGGAAAGGGAGAGAGAGGGAGAGAGAACCAGGGACAUGGAGUCAGGCAUGACCUCCAUUGACCAGCUGAAGGUGUCGGUGGUGGUGGGGGACAGUGUGUGGCUGCUGGACGAGGAGACCGGCCUGCCCAUGGAGGUGCCUUUAGAGGUCAUUCCCAUGGAGAUGACCCCCCCUCCUCAGGUGGCCAUGCCCUCUGCCCCAGACACCUCCGAGAGAGCGGGGGAGUCAGCGAGUCAGUCAGAGAGGGGGACGGAGAAAGCGGCAGAAAGUUCCUGUGGCGAGCUCCCCCAUAUAGACGCUCCUCCUCCUAUGAGGCGGGGUCGCAGGCGCCAGCUCAUCUUUGCAGACCCUCAGGUGCAGAUCUCCCAGGAUACCAUGCGGGUGCAGAUCGAGGACACUAAGGCUGAGACUCUGCUCCUGUCUCAGGUGCUGAUAAACUUUCCUGCCCAGAAGAAGCUCCUCCCAGCAGAGCUCUACACUGCCCCUUCUGGCUCUCUACUGCACCCUGACCUCCUGUUGCUAUGGAAACAGUGCGCCAUCCUCACUACGCUUCCUCGCACCGGGGAGAGAGGCAGAGAGGAGGAGACUGAGGAGGAGGGCAGCUCCGAGAUGGAGAGAGUGAGGAUAGAGGUGGAGAGGAAGAGGAUGGACUCUAGCAUGCGAGAGAUCCCACGAGAGUUGCUGAAAUCAGGAGGAACAGCCCCAUCUGAAGCAUCAGCCGAGGUUCUUCUAGACGUGUCCAGAGAGGACAAAUCCCUCGAGCAGAUCACCCCUGUCAGCAGAUGGUCUCCUAUGGAAGAAGCCCCAGUGCCUAUGGAGGCUAUAGAAGAGGAACAUGUGGCUCUACCAGACAGAGAAGAGGAGACAGAAGGUAGAGAGGUCACUGCAGAGGGCCUGUUGAGUGUGGUGUCCUCGUACCUCCUGAGGUUUGGGAAAGUCACCUUUUACUCUCUGUUGCCCCUGGAGGCAGACCGCACUACUGCAGCCCACAUUCUCUCCAAACUGCUAGAGCUGGUGUCUGCUGGGGACCUGGCUGUAUGUCAGACUGAACCCUACAGCCCCAUCACAAUCAUCCCUGGACCACUCAGCACCGUGCAGGCCUGAGGAACACAGAGGAUGUCUCCACCAGCGUUUGACUUGGACAGGAUUUCACCGCAGCUGAGUACCGGCACCUCAAAGCUCCUGUUCCUCUUAUGGAAUAUUAGCUUAAAAGUAUUGUGGAGCUCCUGCACCUAAUUAUAACCGUACCCAGCACGAGCACCGGCACCUAUUUCAGUCCAAGUUAAGCAGUGGUCUCCACACACACGGGAUGUGUGUGGCCAUGCUUUUAUAAGAGUAAUAAUGUUCAUGUCCCAAAUAUCGUUCAUACGAGAUCACCUCAAACUGAUUUGUAGGACACACCCAAAACGAUGACCUCUUGGAGUUAACGUUUUUUUGUAACCUUUAUAAGUGGAACCUUUUUAUAAGAAGUGAAAUUACUGAAGGGAAAAGCUUUUUUUAUUCAAAGUUGGUAUUUUUUAAAUUAAUCUAUUGAAUAGCGUAUUUAUUAUUCAUAUUUAAUACUGUACCUAGCAUAUUUUUAUACUAAUUUGUCAACUGUCAUACAAGUUGAUAUUGUUGACAAAGUUGUUUAACCUUUGGUGGUUUUUGUAUCUUAUCAAUUGUGGUAUGAUGUUGCUCUGUUCUUACGUUGAAGCAUUCAUUCAAUGUGUUUUUUAAAUAAAAUGCAUGUUUACUCAUUAA